AUGAUGGUUGCACGUGUAGUGACAGGAUUCGGUGCAGGAUCGCUGUCGGUGCUGAGGGCAUAUGCUGCAACAGCUUCUGUACCACGUGAUCGACUCCGAGCCGUUUCACUCGGUACGGCCGGAUUUGUGCUCGGCCUUUCCUUCGGACCCGCCAUACAGGCUGCGUUCACACCUUGGGACAUCGGCAUUCAUAUGGGGCGCAUCGUUUUGAAUAUGUACACGGUACCUGCGUUCUUCAUGGUUUUGGUGUCCAUAAUUGGCUGUGUCAUUGUCGCUAUAUCAUUCGAAGGAGGAUUACGCCGGAAUUGUCAAGAAGGACGAAAAUGGUUUGAUUCCUAA